AGAAAAUAAGGAACGAAAGGAGGAAACAAAUUGAAAAAAAAAAAAAAAAAACUCUUAUACGGAUUUCUCUUUCCGAUGUUCUUCUGAUUCUGUGUUUCCUUCCAUUUCGGUUCUUGCAAAUCAUCCGUUUCAAUCGGCAGCGUCGUUUCUGCCGAUCGUUUCGCCGUUCUCUAUCCAACAUUCAAUUAUCGAGUUUCUGUUUGGGGGAGAGAGGGAUCUUCUUGUGUUCUUGUAGCAGUUUCCACCAAAUUGUUGAUAAAGCUUUUGUUUCUUGGAUCUACGAGACUUUGAUUAUCGUCGAUUUUAGUACUGAGAUUCGAGUGGAAAAUGGCAUCAAUGGUCGUUAAGCCGAGUUGUUCUAGCACUAUCAAUCACGGGCCUUCCUCGAUGACUGCCCAGGAAAAAGGGAGUAGGAAUAAGAGGAAGUACAGAGCAGAUCCACCUUUAGGUGAUCUGAGUAAGAUCGCCUCGUCAUCUCAAGAUGAAUGCUCGAGUUAUGAGUUUUCAGCUGAGAAAUUUGAGAAUAGUUCAAGUUUGGGGCAAACCAAUGCGUGUGACCUUUGUAGCAUUGGUCCCGAAUUUUCUGCUGGAUUGAAACUUGAUCUUGGAUUGUCCAAUGGAGGCUCUUCUGACGUUGGGCUAAACUGGCCAAGUGGGGAAUCAGAAGUUGAUGAGUUCCAAGAUGUUGAUUGGAGUGACCUUACAGAAGCUCAGCUCGAAGAACUAGUUUUAAAUAAUUUGGACACAAUAUUCAAGAGUGCAAUCAAGAAAAUCAUUGCUUCUGGAUACACUGAAGAGGUUUCGAUAAAAGCCGUGUCGAGGUCUGGCAUUUGUUUUGGUUGUAAAGAUACACUAUCAAAUAUAGUGGAUAACACCUUAGCUUUCCUUAAAAGUGACCAAGAAAUUGAUCAUUCAAGGGAGCACUAUUUUGAAGAUUUACAGCAACUAGAAAAAUAUAUUUUAGCCGAAUUAGUUUGUGUUCUACGAGAGGUUAGGCCUUUCUUCAGCACUGGCGAUGCAAUGUGGUGGUUAUUGAUUAGUGACAUGAAUGUAUCUCUAGCAUGUGCAGUGGAUAAUGACCCAUUUGAUGCACUUGUCUGUGAUGGGACUUCGAACGAGAGCUCGUGUGACUCUAUCCCACAGUUAAAACCAGAAGCUAAAGGCUCUGAGAUGAAUCUACCUAAGCCUGUUAAGUCAAUUUCUCCGAUCAGCUGUGCUCAUGCUUCUCAAUCUGAUGGACCAGCCACUCUAAGAGUUCCUAGUAUUGCAAAACCAAAGGACCCAUUAUUUUCAAGUGGACCAUUAUCAGAUAAAGAGUUGCAAAAUUCCACCUCUGCUACGGCUGAGGAAUCAUAUAGUGUGGCCGGAAACCCUCAAACUUCUGUGUCCGAAGAAAAAGUUGGGAGCAGUAGAAAGGGUCAUUCUAAUAUAUCUAAGAGAGAAUACAUGCUACGACAAAAGGCACUUCAUGUGGAUAAAAACUUUCGAACACAUGGAACUAAGAGCUCAUCAAGAGCUGGAAAGCUGACUGGUUUGGGGGGUUUAACGUUGGAUAAGAAACUAAAAUCUGUUUCAGGCUCCACUUCAGUUAACUUCAAGAACGCUUCACUGAAAAUAAGCAAAGCCAUGGGAAUUGAUGUGCCCCAAGACAAUGGGAACGAUAAUGUUUCCACCAUCGACAUUCCUUCUUCCUCUCCAUCAUUUAACUUGGAAAACAUUAACACCGUUUCUCCUUUUUCUAAGACCAAUGUAUCUCCAAUGCCCAGUCCUAGUUCACCCCCUGCAUUACCUGCAGCUAAUACUUCUGGGCUACCAACAACUGAUAUUGAUCUCUCUCUUUCUUUGCCCACUAAAAGCAAUCAGCCCUCAGUGCCUAUCAGCUGCAACGCUGAGUCUUCUACUAAUAGUUUUGUUGAGAGACCUUAUGAAAAGUCCCUUGGACAGUGGUUUCCGAAGGAUAAGAAGGAUGAGAUGGUUUUGAAGCUAGUGCCAAGGGCUCGGGAAUUACAAAGUCAGCUGCAAGAGUGGACGGAGUGGGCAAAUCAAAAGGUCAUGCAGGCUGCAAGGAGGCUAAGUAAGGACAAGGCUGAACUCAAGAAUUUGAAACAAGAAAAGGAUGAAGUUGAACGGCUGAAAAAGGAGAAGCAAACUCUGGAAGAAAAUACCAUGAAGAAACUUUCUGAGAUGGAACAUGCAUUGUGCAAGGCUAGUGGUCAGGUUGAACUUGCUAACUCUGCUGUUAGGAGGCUUGAGAUGGAGAAUGCUGCACUACGGCAGGAGAUGGAGGUUGCAAAAUUACGUGCUGCAGAAUCAGCUGCUAAUUAUCACGAGGUUUCUAAGAGGGAAAAGAAAACACUGAUGAAAGUUCAAUCUUGGGAGAAGCAGAAAAUGUUGUUUCAGGAAGAACUCACAGCCGAAAAGCGGAAAUUGAAACAACUAAUACAGGAACUUGAGCAUGCCAGGGAUCUGCGGGAGCAACUUGAGGGUCGGUGGAAGUUGGAGGAGAGAGCAAAAGAUGAGCUGCUCAUGAAGGCUGCUUCAUUGAGAAAGGAGAGAGAACAAAUCGAAGAUUCAGUGAAAGCAAAGGAGGAUUCAAUUAAAUUAAAAGCAGAAAACAAUCUUUUAAAAUACAAAGACGAUAUCCAAAAGCUUGAAAAAGAAAUCUAUGCGUUGAGACUUAAGACUGAUUCUUCAAGAAUUGCAGCUCUUAAGAGAGGCAUUGACGGAAGUUAUGCCAGUAGACUUACAGAUACCAGACAUAGCACAGAUCACAAAGAGUCCUCGACCCCGAAUGCCUUGGAAUCGAUGAAGGAUCUUUACGAGUACCCUGGAACUGGGGGUGUGAAGCGGGAACGGGAGUGUGUGAUGUGCCUUUCAGAGGAGAUGUCAGUAGUUUUUCUUCCGUGCGCCCAUCAGGUGGUGUGCACAACCUGCAAUGAACUACAUGAAAAACAGGGUAUGAAAGAUUGUCCUUCUUGCAGGAGCCCAAUACAGCGGCGUAUUCCAGUUCGUUAUGUUCGCUCGUAAUCGGUUUUCAUGGAAUGUGUUGUGGAAUAUCAAAAUUAGCUUGCUACGUUGGUGUUAUUAUCAAUGGCUUACCUUAGAUCCCUCUACAACUGUCGAACAACAAGGUACUCUUUCUUUAUCCCAAACUUUGAUCGUCUAAGAAUUUUGGCAUCCAUAAAGUAGGACGAUGCGAUAAGUCUUCUAUUUCAGGUUUCAGCUGCCCUUUUUUUCUUCCCCCUCCCCCCUUUUGGGGGUUACAAAAAGUAAUAAAAAUAGUAAGAAAAUGUAUUAUUUGGACAGUUAUGAUCUUCUUUGGCUCUA